UAACCUACCCAGCCAACCAACCGUACCAAGAUCCCUACUCCUUCAACGCAGUGCAGUUCCCACUGGCCCCCAUGGCUUCCCCGCAAAAUUACGCAUACCCCAAUCAAGCCGCAAUGAACCCAAUGGUCCCCAACAUCGGUCCAAUCUACAACUCAUCUCCACCUCAAGGCCAAGGCUUCGACCCCCGUUCCUACAUCCCAACCCAGCCGUCUCCAAUCUUCAUCCUGCCCAGCAACCCCGUAGUCCAACUGCCCACCCAAAAUCCCCCAAACUGCCCCAACACUCGUUCAGGAGUCUGCGGCUCUCAAUACUGCUGUUCCCCAGCCGCUCCUCCUCCUCCUUACAUUCCCUUCCCCUGUCCUCUUCCCUACCCCGCGCCAUUUUGUCGGCCUUCAAACUGCUACGACCCAAAUUCAAGUCCCUUCUGCAAGGAGUCUUCAUUUUCAACCUGCUCCUGCUGCCCAAAGAGAAAUGACUUACCCUGCGAGCAUCGUUGCGAGCCAACCAGCGAGGCUAUCUGCAACAAACCAAAUUGUCCUGCUUCAAUCAGCCUCCAAGCUCUAGCCUCCCAAUUGCUGUCCAUUCCAGGGGUAAUUUCCUGCGCUGCCACGCGGCUUAUUCUCAGAAGAGUUCCGGGGUCUAAUAUCAGAAAUUCUACAGAAGAAACUGUCGAACGCGCCCGAAAAACUAUUAAUACUCUAACUCAGGAGCAGCUUUUGACAGAAACUCGAAAUGCGCAGCAGAUAAACGCCCUAAUAAACCUCCACAUGGCAGCUAAUCCUCCAGCAAACAUUAUUCCCUUGCUAACUACUGUGCAAUUGAAGGUCAACGUCCUUAAAAGUCUCCUGGAGACAAUUAUUAAUCACAGAAUUACCGAAAAUCAAGCAGCGGGGGCAGAAACCUGCCUUGGAUUAGAUCCCAUAAUUUUGGGGCUCAAAUCUGACCAAGAAUUGCGGACUAUCUUGGCGACUUUAAGGCAAAAGGAAUGCGACCAAAGGGUUAAUUACAAUUUUGCUACCUAUCAUUCGCAACGGGUGAUUGCAGAAACUAGGUUAAAGAAUAUUGAGGACAAAAUUGCGCUAGUAGAAGCUGAAAUUGAAAGGCGCAGGUGCGCUUGCCUGCCUCCGACCUUGAGACAAACUGGAAUGACCUGCCAAGAUUCUAGAGGAACAGUUUGGCACGCCUAUCCGGGCACACUGGCGCCAUCUAGCUUCGGGAAUUUUAACUACAGUGGAAGGCAGCCAUCUCAAGACUCGCCGGAUCCAUUUUGUUUUGACAAGAAGAUUCCCAGGAGGCUCAAUGUUCCUCAUGUUGGGAGCCCGGAGACUACUUAUAGGAAGCCGCCGACUAUGGUUAAGGAUAAAGAGGAUAAGCGGUUUAGUGAUGAUGAUUGCGGCUGCGAUAAAUCUACUUCUUAUGAUAAAAAUGAGGGUAAAAAUGCGGGGAGUAGUAAUGAUUGUGAGGAUGAGGAGGAGGAGGAUGAUGAUGAAGAGGAUGGUCAGUGCACCUGUGAUAAAUUGACCGAUGACGAGGACAAAAAAAAACUCCGAAUAAAUCUAAGCGGAGCAGGUCCAAGCGGAGGGACAGAAAUUAAGGGGAAAAAUGUCGGCUUUGAGGUGAAAGAGAAUGAGGGGGUGGAGGGGCAAGAAGAGGGGGUUGGUGGUGAAAAGGUAAAUUUGAUUGAUGAAACGGAAGAUAAUUGCGGAAAAAUUGAGGAAACUUUGGACUCCAGCGCUCAACUGAAGACUAGUAGUAGUUGUAGUAAUAAUAAAAGUAAUGAUAAAAUAAAAAUAGCAAGACAAGAACUUCAAGAUAAAUUACUUCUUCAAUUGAGCUCAGCUGUCGGGUCUUGCGAUCCAUCAAACAAAAAUAAUCAUGAGAAAAAGGAAGAAUUAACCUUGACAAGUGAUGGAAGUAAAUACUCGAACCCUUUUUCCGAAGAUCCAUCAGAGAGCGGCUUUGAGAAUGAAGGAAUGGGUCUAGAUAAAUUUAUAUCCGGAACACUUUCGGUUAUCAGUGGGUUCAGUAAUCACGUGGCGUCAUUUGGUACAAUUAUUGGUGAUAAAAUAACCGCUUUAAGAUCGCAUCUGGCGCCUGAAAUUUCUCAUCCAUUAUUCCCGAGGUUUUCCGCAAAUUCCCCAAGCACUUGCUCUAAUAAUCAUCAUAAUUAUGAUACUCCUCAUUAUUCGGGAUAUAAA